AUGGGCCCGAAACUCGCCAACAAGUGGGCUGUUGCCUCAGUGUCCCUUGGUAAACAUUCAUCACAUUCUCUAGAACGAAAACUACAGGCCGCCAAAGACAACCACUUCUCGGGAAUCGAGCUUGUUUUUAAUGACCUGGCAGCCCAUGCCUCAAGCCAUGACCAUCCCCUGCUGGAAUCUGCGAAACAAAUCAAAGAGCUCAGUCAAAGGCUGUCGCUCGAGAUACUUACCCUGAACCCAUUCAAGAAUUUUGAAGGGAAUCGUGAUACAUCGCUCCGGGAACGACUCACGAAAGCGGAAGAAUGGUUCGAAGUGGCCGUAGCGGUCGGCACUAGCAUCGUACAGAUGCCGUCCCAAUUCCUUGAUGGAACCACUGGAGAUGAGGCCGUGAUUGUGCCCGAACUCCAGGUGCUUGCCGACGCGGCUGCGGCGCACGGGUUGAAGAUUGCCUAUGAAGCCGUUGCCUUUGCCCAGCACAACGCACUCUGGCAAGACAGCCUCCGCAUCGUCCAAGCUGUCGACCGAGCCAACUUUGGUCUCUGUCUCGACUCAUUCCAUAUUCACGCCCGCAUCUGGGGCGAUCCUUCUGAUCCUAGCGGCGUACUCCCGAAUGCCACGGAGAAUGUGGCAAAAUCACUGGAGGAAUUUCUGCAAAAGUGCCCGAAAGAGAAGAUUUUAUACAUACAGUUAUCCGACGCUUCGAGGCUCGACCCGCCUAUAACGAACGACUCUCCUCUACUCGAGGGCCUUGAAGUACGAGACCCUCGGCUGGCGUGGUCAAGAACUCUCAGACCCUUUCCCCUCGAAUCGCCUGGGUACUUUCCAGUAGUGGAAAUUGCCAAGACCUGGUUAUUGGACUAUGGAUGGGAAGGAUGGGUUUCUUUGGAAGGAUUCCUCAGCGAAACAGAGAAACUAUCAAAUGGCCCAGAAGUUAUGGCCCAGCGUGCUGGAGAGUCCAUAGCGAAAUUAAACGCACAACUUUCCAUCAUGCAUUCGAGCUACGCAUAG